AUGAGCUUUUAUUCGAACCUUCCAUCUGCUGGCCAAUCCAAUCAGGGGUCUCCAACAAGUGGUCGAAAUGGAGUGGGGUUAGAGCCACUGUAUCCGACUAUUUUUGAAAUAGUGUCAUCACAAGAAAUCGAUUCCUUGCUACCCACAUCGAUACGGUAUCUAUUAACAAAUCACUUAGUGGCGAACUUUCCUAACAGGUACACUCUGCAGCUGAAUAACUACUUUCACGAGUGGUUUCAAGCGGUCAAAGGAUUUGUUGAAUGGUACCAUUUAAAGACAUACAAUUCUACGUUUAUUGACCGAUUCUAUGGUCUGCAACUAUUCAAUUCAGCGGACAGGAACCUGGCCUUAACGCAAUGUUUGAAUCCCCAGAAUCGGAAUGCGUGGCCUCAAGCUUUGCAACUGACUCAAAUGCAGAAAAAAGUGGUUUUUUUGGAAAGGAUUAUUUUCCCUUACAUUCGAACCAAGCUUGACGAAAUUUUUGAGAGACUAUCUGUGAGCAACAUAUUUGGCAGUAAUGAGACUGAAGAGAAAUGGAUCAAGAGGGUGUUCCUGAAAAUUUAUCCAUUUAUCAAAAAAACUCUUGCGUUAUCCAAUUUAUUUGUUAAGUUAUUGUUUUUAACUAAAAGAACGGGAUCGGUGUCGUCGUUGCAGUACUUGUGUAAUAUAGAGUACACAACUAUGAAAUCAAUGUCACCAGCACUGCCAAAUUUUAAGGAGACGAAGGAAACGGAUAGCAGGUUGAGGAAAACAAACAUAUCAUCAAUUGCGGCAGUUCUACAAAGUAAACUAUCCAUUAUACCCCGGAUUUUAGCGUUCAUGGGUUCGCAAUUCUUCCCCACAUUUAUAUUCAUGCUGAGAGUUUAUCAAUGGUGGACUACACAGGAUAUGACUGCGAAGUUACAGAAGAGACUGAAUGACUUAGAUAAAGACAUUCCAAGGCCACCUGUCUCGUCAGAUGGUGACGAAAGGAAGGAUCAGAAGGACGUUACUGAGGUAUGUCCAGUGUGUGAAAAGGCCAUACAAAACCCCUGUGUCUUGGAAACGGGAUAUGUGGCAUGCUACCCAUGUGCCGUUAGCUAUUUAGUUGAUCAUGGGGGCCAUUGUCCCGUGACUGAUAAGAAAUUGUUAGGAUGCACAUUCAAUGAAGAAUUGAAUGAGUGGGAAGUUGUCACGGGUAUCAGAAAGCUACUAAUCUGA